AUGAAACCACAAAAAGAACCAACACAAGAUAUUUUCGAUGAUCUAUGUAGUGAUGCUGUAGAACUCGAUCAAUUAGUUUCGCAGAUGAAAGAUUUAAUGGUAGAAUACGUAAAUGAAAGUCGAAAGCCCGGUGCGUUAGUGGUAGAAUAUAAACCACCAGAAGAAUUAAAGACAUUGAUAGAUCUAGAUUUGACAUAUACGGGAGUUGGUAUUUCUGGGUUAAUGCCAUUGUUGCAUAAUGUCUUACGUUAUAGUGUCAAUACAUGGAAUCCAAAGUUUAUGGAUAAAUUAUACGCAGGAACCAAUCCUGUUGGGAUUAUCACGGAAAUGUUGAUAACAUUCUUAAACGCAAAUUCACACGUUUAUCACGUUUCUCCGGUACUGACGUUAAUGGAAAAUCAUGUUUCGGAGAAACUGGCAAGAUUAUUAGGAAUGGGUGAGAAAUCAGGAGGAAUAACGUGUCCAGGAGGUGCAUUUUCAAAUCAACUUGCAAUACUGACAGCAAGAAAUCACAUGUUUCCCGAGAUAAAAACUAAAGGGUAUUAUAAUUUUGGUAAAAGAUUAAUGUUAUUUACUUCUGAUGCGGGACAUUAUUCCAUUGAGAAAACUGCUAUGGCACUAGGUUUAGGAAUCGAUAGUAUCGUUAAAGUACCUUAUGAUGAUCAAGGAAGAAUGCGACCUGAUGAAUUAGAACGAUCAAUUCUACAAUCAUUGAAAAGAAAAGAAACCCCAUUUUUUGUUAAUGCGACUGCUGGAACUACUGUUUUGGGAGCAUUUGAUCCACUAAGAGAGAUCGGGAAAAUCGCUAAACGAUAUAAUUUAUGGUUUCACGUUGAUGGAUCAUGGGGUGGGAGUCUCAUAUUUUCGGAGAAACACAAACACUUGAUUGACGGUUCAUAUUUGGCCGAUACAUUUGUUCUAAAUCCACAUAAAUUACUUGGGACACCAUUACAAUGUUCAUUCUUGCUAGCAUCAGAUCGACAAAUAUUUCAACAAUCAAAUUCACUAGGAGCAAAAUAUUUAUUUCAUGAUAAUAAAUAUGAUUUAGGGGAUGGUACAGUUGGAUGUGGUAGAAGACCUGAUGCGAUAAAAUUAUUUAUAGGAUGGAAAAUCUUCGGUAUAAUGGGAUAUAAGCAAAGGAUAGAACACGCAUUUUCAAUGGCAGGAUAUUUAACUAAUUUAAUAAAAAACAAUGAUAGAUUUAAAAUGGUACUAGAAACUCCACCAAGUUUGCAGAUAUGUUUUUGGUAUAUACCAAAAGGAAUGAAAGUUUACGGUCAAGAGGAACGAGAAAUAGAAAUCAAUAAAUAUCAAAUAUGGAAAGAAAAGUUGUCAUUGGUUACCAAAGGCAUUCAUAAAAUAAUACAGGAACGUGGUAGAUUCUUGUUCGAUUACUCUCCUUUUGAAUUGAAUGGAAGGGAAUUACCUUUAUUUUUUAGGGUGGUGAUAAAUGCGCCUUCUAUUAAUGAACAUCAUUUAGAUGAGUUAGUUAAAGAAGUUGAAACGAUUGGUGAGGGUAUAUUAGAAUAUUUAGAGAAGAAUAAUCAAAUUCAAAAUGGAUUAAGAUCGGAGAAUCAAACGACUAAUGAGGAUUAUCAUAGAAUAUCCGGAAGGACUAAUGGUAAUGGUAGCAAUAGCAACGGUGUAAGCAAUGGAUUUCAUCAUAUAGAACAUGGAGAAAAGCAUCACAUUGAUGAAUCGAUACCAAUUGAGUAUUAUAAUAGAUUAAUUAGUGAACAGGAUGCUCUCCAAAAAGUAUUGAGGAUAAAACAAAGUACAACAAAUGAGGAUUAUGAUAAAUUAAUUGCUGAUCGGAAUACUCUCCAAGAUAAUUUAAAUGCAUUGAGGAAUUAG